GUAUGUGUGUUGGUGUGUUAGCUACAGACCGGGGGAGCUGCCGAGCCUGCCUCUCCAGCGUUCUUGCCUCUCGUUCCAGUGCGCAGCAGUACUUCGCUCCAGUCUUUUGCUUUGUAGCCUACCACCGCUUCGCCGCCUCCUCUUUUUCUUCUCUCCCCGCCUAUGCCUGUCCCGGCAAGCAUCCAGCGAAUGGUCGGUCCACCCCCAGACCCCCUGCAGGGAACAGUGAGAGAGCGGUUCCGUUCUGAGCACACAGCAUACUACUGAAAGCUGCCAAGGGAAGACGUGGAUAAUAAGUGUCGUUGUUGACGUAACCCAGGAUUUUAUUUCGGAGGUAUGCCUGUGCCGGACCAGCCAUCAGAGCAGGAGAAGGGAGCCAGUCUGUUGAGUCCAGGUCUACCAUCAUCUAACGGAGACGGAUCAGACGGGACGGAGACCACCUCCGCUAUCCUGGCCUCCGUCAAAGAACAGGAGCUGCAGUUUGAGAGACUGACCCGUGAGCUGGAGGCAGAAAGACAGAUUGUAGCCACCCAGUUGGAGAGAUGCAAGCUGGGCUCUGAGACUGGUGGAAGUAUGAGCAGCAUCAGUUCGGCAGAUGAGCAGUUUCGCUGGAACACCCAAGCUGAUGGCCAGAAGGACAUAGAGGAUGAGCUGACCACAGGACUGGAGCUGGUCGACUCCUGCAUCAGAUCCCUGCAGGAGUCUGGAAUACUGGACCCUCAUCAAUACAACACAGGAGAACCUCUUCUUUCCCAGAGUUCUUUGCAGCUCAACUCCACCCCAGAGGCUUCGCUCCAGUACUCCGCCAGCUACCAUAGCAACCAGACCCUCGCCCUUAGCGACAGUGCUGCAGCGGCAACCCCACAGCGCAGUGGACAGGUCGGAGGGGCCGUGCACAGCUACAACCAGGUGACAUCUAGUCGUGCGGCCCAGCAGCAGCAGGCAGGGGGAGGGGGAGGUAGUGGAGGAGACUCCUUCUCUCAGAGCCAUGGCAGUGCCUUUCAUCUGCCUGAUGCACAGCUUCCCACAAUCGGUCACUACUACUCCAGUUCCACCCUGCCUGCCCAGCGUGUGAGUUCCCCUCUGACCGGAGGUGGAGGUGGAGGUGGAGGGUCUGGUUCUCCCAGCAAGCUGCAGCGCCUGGGCUCAGCCUCAGACACACUAGGCUACGCUACCACCCAGCGCCUACCUUCCUCCUCCUCAUCCUCACCCAACAAACAGUCCCCAGCCAACCGACUCGCCAAGUCCUACAGCACCACUGGUGCCGUGACAACAACAGGGUCUCCGCUGAGGGUGGGCUCUCCACCCAACUCCAUAGCAACAGUUGCUGCGGGAGGGGCUAGCGCUUCAUCAUCCCCACUACACCUGAUGAGUUCGGGCAUAGGGAGCUACGCUACUCUGUCUCCUAAAAGACUGGCUGCUCACCACGCCUCCGACCAGUACAAGAUAUCCCAUGAGCUCUAUGCUACCGCUACGCUACAGAGGCCUGGCAGUCUGGCAGGUUCCAGGGGUUCCUACAGUAAUCAGCACAGUCACUGUGGUCCAGACUUGCGUCCCCUGGGAUCCCCAGACCACCACAAAGAGCCCAUCUAUGAGGACAGAGUCAACCACUACCACAAAGGACCUAUGAGGGGACUGGGAAACAACACUGCCCCAUCCUCCCCCGGUGUCGACUCCGCCUCUUUACAGCGAGCAGGCAGCCACAGCGCCGGUGGAAGCAGCCACAGCGCCGGAGGAAGUUAUGGUCGUGGGGGUGCCAACAACUACGCUACAGUGGGCCCAGGCUAUACAGCAGAGGCCUAUGCUACGGACCCCUACACUGCAGAUCCCUACCGUACACUACAGUACUGCCCAUCUGUAGAGUCUCCUUACAGCAAAUCUGGACCAGCCAUGCCACCUGAGGGCACACUGGCUAGAUCACCAUCUAUAGACUCCAUACAGAAAGACCCGAGGGAGUUUGGAUGGAGGGAUCCAGAGUUACCUGAAGUGAUUCAGAUGCUGCAGCACCAGUUUCCUUCAGUCCAGUCCAACGCUGCAGCCUACCUCCAACACCUUUGCUUCGGAGACAACAAUAUCAAAUCAGAGAUUCGUCGUCAGGGUGGGAUCCAGCUGCUGGUAGACCUGUUGGACCACCGUAUGAGUGAGGUCCACCGGAGUGCCUGUGGAGCCUUGAGGAACCUGGUCUAUGGCAAGGCCAACGACGACAACAAGAUCACCCUGAAGAACUUUGGGGGCAUACCUGCCCUGGUACGCCUGCUACGCAAGACUGGAGACGUGGAGAUACGAGAACUGGUCACAGGUGUGUUGUGGAACCUGUCAUCGUGUGACGCCCUGAAGAUGCCAAUCAUCCAGGAUGCGUUGGCCGUUCUGACCAAUAGCGUCAUCAUCCCCCACUCUUCCUCCUGGGACUCCUCCCACAAUCUCCAUGACGACCGCAAGCAACACACACACACCUCCCAGGUGCUCCGCAAUGCCACUGGCUGCCUCAGAAACGUGAGUUCUGCUGGAGAGGAGGCCAGGAGGAGGAUGAGAGAGUGUGACGGACUGACAGACUCUCUCCUCUACAUCAUACAGACCGCUCUGGGCAGCAACGACAUCGACAGCAAGACCAUAGAAAACUGUGUGUGUAUACUGCGUAACCUGUCCUACCGACUGGCAGCGGAGACAUCUCAGGGCCAGCAGCUGGGUUCAGAAGAGCUGGACGGUCUGCUGUGUGACGCCAACGGACGUGACGGAGAGACCUCAGGCUGCUGGGGAAAGAAGAAGAAGAAGAAGAAGGGACAGGACCAGUGGGAUGGUGUAGGCCCUCUCCAAGACUCAGCUGACCCUCCUAAAGGGGUGCAGAUGUUAUGGCACCCGUCCAUAGUGAAGCCCUACCUCACCCUGCUUUCAGAGUGCUCCAACCCUGAUACACUGGAGGGAGCGGCUGGAGCACUGCAGAACCUGGCUGCAGGCAGCUGGAAGUGGUCUGUGUAUAUCCGGGCUGCGGUGCGUAAAGAGAAAGGCCUUCCUAUCCUGGUGGAGUUGUUGAGGAUAGACAAUGACCGUGUGGUGUGUGCCGUGGCCACUGCACUCAGGAAUAUGGCCCUGGACAUCAGAAACAAAGAACUGAUAGGUAAAUACGCCAUGCGUGACCUGGUCCACCGGUUACCUGGCAGUAGCAGCAACAGUACCGGGGGCAGUACCGGGGGCCCGAUGGCACCCGGUAAGACCAUGUCAGACGAUACGGUAACGGCUAUCUGCUGCGCUCUGCAUGAGGUCAUCACUAAGAACAUGGAAAAUGCCAAAGCACUAAGAGACGCUGGCGGGAUAGAGAAACUCAUCGGCAUCGCUCGCAGCAAAGGAGACAAACACUCAGCCAAGGUGGUGAAGGCUGCAUCUCAGGUGCUCAGCAGUAUGUGGCAGUACAGAGACCUACGCAGCCUCUACAAGAAGGAUGGUUUCUCUCAGUAUCACUUUGUUGGUUCUGCCUCUACGAUAGAGAGAGACAGACAGAGACCCUACUCCUCCUCUCGCACCCCCUCUGUGUCCCCCGUACGAACCUCACCCAACAACCGCUCAGUAAGCGCCCCGGCCUCUCCCAGAGAGAUGAUGAGUAUGAAGGAUCGCAAGCCCGAAAACGACUCCACGGCAACCAACGCAGGUUUCCACAGCAACAAAGGAGAGCACACAUCCCGGAAAGACGCCAUGGCAGUCCAAAUCUCCUGUGGAACAUCCACGUUGUUCCGGAACUCUUAUGUAACUGCUAAUGACGACAUUAAACACAACCAGUUUUUAUUUCCUCUCCAGAUCCCUCCUCAGCCCAUGACCAUAGCUCCGCAGGCAGACUGCUCCUCUACACCUCUAAAAGACUACGACACGUUCCCUCCAUCCCUCCCUCCAUCCUUCCCUCCACCGCAGAACCCCGGCCGCAUGCUGGAUGAGUCCUUCUUCGAGCCUCCAGACCAGCCCCUCCCCCAGCCCCCGUCUCAGGCUGCCACCGACCUCCGGAUGCACCUGGGCCUCAAAUCCACCGGCAACUACGUGGACUUCUACUCUGCAUCCCGGCCCUACUCCGAACUCAACUACGAGACCAGCCACUACCCGGCUUCGCCUGACUCCUGGGUCUAGAGACAGGAGUCACAACUUAUCUCUGGUCCUGGAGAGACAUAGGCUUGUGAAGGCUUUAGCUCCAGCCUUGCAGUAACAACACCUGAUUCAAGUAAUUGAAGUGUUAUGAACAGUUGUUUUUAGGAUAUCAGGUUUAUUAGUGCUGGACUGGAACAAAAGCCUCCAGGACUGGGAGUGAAAACACUGAUGUAGAGUAAGGUGGGGGUGGGAGGUUAAUAUUAGUUACUAACCGCAGCAGAGAUUGAGGGGGUAGAGGAGGGAGGUGCCAGGGGGUUGUUAGGGACUGAGGCGUGAAGAGAGACUGUGCAUGUGCAUGAAUACCACAAUACAUUUUCUUUCUACCAGUUCAGUUUGUUCAAAGCUUGUUCCACUGGGAAAGUGAAUGUAUGGAUAUGUCAAAAGGGAGAGAAAGAAAGAGAGAGGGAGAGAGAGAGCCUUGACGGAAAGAAAGAGAAAGAGAGAGAGAGAGAGUGAAGGCCUUGACGGAAAGAAAGCGAGAAAACAAGUGAAUGAUGACGGAGGGCUCUUACACUGACCUUCAGAAAGGAGGAGAAGAGACGAGGUGUGGAGAAAUGGAGGAGAGGAAGAGUGGCGGUGAGGGUUCUUUGCCAAGUCGGGAUGAAAAGCGACAGAACAGAGAAGGGAGAGAGGGAUGAGUGGAAUACACCAAGGAGUGUACAGGAAAAACUAAGGGAGCAGCUUUCCACCCAUUCAUUACAUUGACUUCUGACUUUCACCUUUCUAUGGAAUGUCCUCUAUUCAAGAAGACUCUUCCAGCCAUUUUAUUUUCACAUAUUUUUUAUUUGUAUUUUUUUAAGUUGUGGAUGUAUAGUAUUUUUGGUGUACAGUACAGUACAGUGACAGUUGAGAGACUUGUGUGGUAUUGUGUAUAUUACACGAGUCACUAGCGACCGACCACUGCAUAUUGUUAGUUUGUAACAGGAGAGGCUGAGAAGAAAACACACACCAUUUGGAACAAUGUCUAUCAAUGAUCACUGUCUCCCUUUCCCAACCCACAUCUGUUCGAACAGCCAGUGGUUGACUAGCAGUAUUGUCUGUUCUCUGAUCACGAAAAAUGUCUGUCCAAAGCAGUUCAAGACCGACUACAACACCGAUGACAUCAUUCCACACUCCUUCUUGACAGACUGCUUUUUCACUGCCUAAACAAUUAGAUGUAGAUAUUUGAAAUAUAUGGUUCUUGUUUCUCCGUUUCCACACUCUGAUAUUUGAUUUUGAAGAUACAGUAUUUAAAAGUUCUGAAUUAAAAGGGUUUUGUCAUCCACAGUUACAUGAUACAAUCUGUCCCUUGUACAAGAACCAACCUUCUGCUUUCUAAGAUGUUCUACUAGGUUGUACGUACCACCACUGUACAUUAGAGAGAGAAGUGACAUUGUGCCAAACUUUGCCCUCUCUGGUUCCAGCCCUAGACUGGAGGAUGUAUGCGACUCUCAGUUGACGUUUACAGACCAUGACCAGUCAUUCUCUCUCUUGUUUGUAACUGCUUUGGUUCCUAACUGUGUUUUGAUGGGAGUAAGCUAUACACUACCUACAGAGGGGUAUCACUAUAGAAAGGGGUACGUACGUCUCCUUCUUAAAUUAACAGACCUGCCUAUGUUAGUUGAGCGUGUAUGUGUGUGCGUGUGUGUGUGUGUGUGUGUGUGUGUGCAUGUGCGCGUUUGGGUGUGUGUCUUGAUCAAUGUCUGAAAGAAGAGGCAUCCCUACAGAUAAGAGUCAGAUUUUACAAAACACAACCCAAAGCAAAAUUCACUUGACUGACAUGUCCAUAGAGAAUGAAUGACAAAUCUAUAUAUACAGUGCCUUCAGAAAGUAUUCAUACCCCUUGACUUAUUCCAUAUUUUGUUGUUACAGCCUGAAUUCAAAAUGGAUGAAAUCUUUUUUUCUUCUCAUCCAUCCACACACAAUACCCCAUAAUGACAGUGAAAACAGGUUUUUAGAAAUGUUUGCAAAUGUGUUGAAAAUGAAAUACAGAAAUAUUUCACACCUUUGGCAGCGAUUGUGAGUCUUUCUGGGUAAGUCUAAGAGCUUUACACACCUGGAUUGUGCAACAUUAUACCCGUUAUUAUUUUUGAAAUUCUUCAAGCUCUGUCAAAUGUGUUUUCAAGUCUGCCAUAGAUUAUUUAUUUGUAUUUAUUUUUUCCACCCUUUUUCUCCCCAAUUACGAUCUUGUUUCAUCGCUGCAACUCCCCAAUGGACUCUGAAAAGGUGAAGGUUGAGUCAUGUGUCCUCCGUAACAUGACCUGCCAAACUGCGCUCCUUAACACCCGCCCACUUAACCCGGAAGCCAGCUGCACCAAUGUGUCAGAGGAAACACCAUUCAACUGACGACGGAAGUCAGCUGGCAGGCGCCCAGCCUGCCAUAAGGCGUCGCUAGAGCGUGAUGAACCAAGUAAAGCCCCCUCGGCCAAACCCUCCCCUAACCCGGACGACACUGGGCCAAUUGUGUGUCAGCCUAUGGGACUCCCGGUCAUGGCCGGUUGUGA